AUGGAAUUGAUAGAAGAGGAACUUGGUAUUGAAUAUGAAAAGAAUACUGAAGAUAAACCUGAUAGAGCUGGUAUUAAACUUGAAAAGGAUAUUAAUAUUGUUAGUAAAUCUGAUAAUGCAUCUGAAAAUACUAAUAAUUAUCAAUAUGGACAGCUUGAUCCAUGUAAAACAACCUGGGCAAAAGCAUUUACAGAGGUUGUUGAUAAUAAGCUGAUUGAAUUUGAGUAUAACUUUUAUCAAAUACAUUUUGAUGAACUUCUUGAGGGAAUCAAUUAUUUCUUAGUUGCUGAGUCUGAAAAAGCUUAUUUUCAUAUUUCUUUCAUUCUAAAACAUUGGUACAAAAAUGAAUUUAUAAAUGCAGUAGCUGUUGAUAAGCUAUUUCUCAGAAGAAAGUUAUUAGAAAAGAACAGUUCAACACUAUCUUUAUUUUCUUUUUUAGAUGUUGCUAAUUUGUGGAAUACUAUACUUAAUGAAGCUUCUAUACAAGCUGUAGCAAAAGCAAUUGGCUGUAAACAAUCGAUUAAACAAACAUUACUUGGGCUUGUCUGUAAAUAUAUAGAAGUAGUCAAUUAUGAUGAUUUAAAUAAUUUAAAGAUUUUGAUAAAAAUUAAGAAAUAG